AUGGAGAACGAAAAAUCCACCAAACCCAAUGAAGACUACAAAAACCUCGUGGACUGCUACUACUUGUUGCUAAAAAAGUUCAAGAAGAAGAGCUCUUACGUGAUAGACGAAUUCCUGAUAAAGGAGAAUAAAGAAAGUAAUGGGACCUUAACCAUUUACGAGGAUGUUGACUCGGAUGCUUUUUCCUUCUUAAUUUUGUCAAUGAUUGAUUCCAGUUACGACCGCAUUAACCGAAUCAACGUCCUGAAUGUCCAAAACGGAAAUGACAUAAUAAAGGCAAUUUGUUUUUACAUGGACAACAUAAAAAUCAGCGAACUUUUAAAAAAAAACACCAAAAAUGUGAGGAAGAAGAGCAUAAACGUAGAUAAAAAGAGUAAACUUAAUUUAAAAAAAAAAGGUGUUGGAAGAGAAAAAGAGCGGGAAGAAGAACCACCCAACGAAAUGGUUAACAAAAAUAUGUGUAAUGUUAAAUCGUUCAGCCUGUUCAAUAGUAACAUAGAUAUAAACGGAAUUGUGCUUCUUUCCAAAUCGUUGUACGAUAAUGGUUAUGCAAAGCUAGAAAAUCUAUCCAUAGAUUGCAUUAACUUAAAAUGCCACUGCCUCAAGUACCUGUCCCUGUCUCUUUGCAACUAUAACAGUUUAAAAACGCUCAGCUUUCAAUACUGCAACAUGGGCAACGACUGCAUCAAAUAUAUCAUAGACAUAGUCAUAUACUUGAACUCUUCUCUAACUACUUUGAAUUUAAGUGGGAAUAAGUUUAACGCACAAGGGAUGAACGCCCUUUUCGAAAGCUUUUUGCUAAACAACUCCCUAGGCACCAUAGACGUUUCUUACAACAUGUUCGAUUUAGAUGACUCCUUUGUGGAAACGUUUUGCAAAAUUAUAGUCAGCCGAACGAACAUCUGGAGCAUUUCUCUAAUUGGGAACUUCGUCGAAAAUAACAAUUUGGCCAAAAUAAAUGACGCUAUGACUUUUAAUAAGUCGAUUUCCAUUUUCAAGCUACCUCACGAGUAA